AUGUGGUGUGUUGUUGGCGUUGGUAUUGUUGGCGAUGGCGUUGGUGUUGGUGUUGGUGUUGUUGUUGUUAUUGUUGGCGUCGGGGUUGGCGUUAGUGUUGUUGGCGUUGGCAUUGGCGUUGGCGUUGUUGGCGUUUGUGUUGUCCACGAUGUGCUCGCUGUGGACUGCUACCGCUUGGGUGUUGGUGUUGCUUCGUUUGUUGUUGUUGAAGAGGACCAACUCGUUGAGAAUGAACAGGACUAA